AUGUCAGCCAUCGCGACUAAAAUCGUUGAAAAAUACAAUCUCAACUCCAAGCUAAAUAUAUCCGAUCUCAGCAAAUAUACUUUAGAAUUUCUUGAGAACCUUACUGAUGAUAGAAAGCGGAAUCAAGCCAGAAGGCGUCUUCGGGAUGGCUUUAAAUUUAGCAGUGAACAGGUGAGUAUAUUGAUACCUAACCAGAGAAGUGAUAAAACUAAAACUAUAAAUUUUGUAACUUCUGAUAGAUAUCAAGAUCCUAUUUCAAUCCUGCAAGGAUUAAAGGAAGAAACUAUCGGAGAAAUGGCACAUCGAAUUAUGCGAGAUAAUCUCAGUGCUAGUGUUGUAAAAGCUGAAGCUCGUGCUUUAGCCAAUUCAGCGCCAAACGCCAAUGCUGGCUCAUUAUGUUUUUCCCGACUCCGAAGAGAACUAAAAAAUCUUGGCACUUUAUUCCAAAUAAUCGAAGCUACGAAAUUUCUUGAUAUUACAAAAGAUGCCAAUGAAAUUCAGAGAGAUCGACGUAAAUUUGUCAAGGCAUUCGAGAGAAUUGAUUAUCCAGACCACUUUACAUUAGAAUCAGUUAAGAAAAGAUUAGAUAAGUAUGAUAUUUCUAUCUUGCCCGAUUUACAAGCUCUCGCAGAUGUUAUGAUAAUGCUUUGUAUACGCCCCGCUGAACUUACAACUUUACGCAUUACAGAUGCCGGAGUAACAGGAUAUGCGAAGAAUCGGGGUCAACCAGAUAUACCUAGAAAAUUUAGAUCUAUGGAAAAGAACCAAGAACGUGACAGAGAAUUACUCACUUGGAUACAGUGUGCAAUAUCUUCUGGCCGAAUAGAUGAUCCAGGAGCAGUUUAUGCUGUAGUGACGAAUAGAGCGAAAAAUAUGGCCCACGCAUAUACAAUUGCUGGGGAAGCACUUUGGCAUUCUUGUGACAACCAUACUUCUCCAGUACAAAACUACGUCGUGGUAAACUACAGGAAGCGGAGACAAAAGCCUGAAGAAGCGAGACCAUUCCAUCUCUAUAAUGAUGAUAACUAA